AUGGCCCGCCUCCUCCUGCUCGCCGUGGUGGCGCUGGCGCUGGGCGCACACGGCGCGGCCGCCGCCCGCCGCCUCUCCGCCAACACCACCUCCAGCCUGGGCUUCGACCCCGCCACAGACUCCUACACCAUGUUCGUCCAGCUGGCGCAGGGCGCCACGCUGGCACCCAAGGAGCAGGGCGCCAACGCCUUCACCCUCACCCUGGACGGCACCACCCCUCUCAUCUUCACCUUCAAAGACCGCCCCGACCGUCAGACGAGCGUGGCGGCCCUCGACGACUUCCUGGGCAGCUUCCCCAUGAAGCCCAGCAACCCAACAAGGAUUCGGGGCAGAAUAGGUCGCGGGUUGCAGUAG